UGGGGCGGGGCUGUUCGACAGGGCUAUAGCGCCUGUUUCCACCCCUCUGUCCCCCACUCUGAACAGCGCCUCUCACACCAAAACACCCUCCCACUGACGGGGGCUUCACGUCCUGCUAUGGCCACCAGCACCACGGAGGGCAGUGCUCCAUCCGCGGCCAGGGUAGAGCCACAGGAGCCUGACUCAGAACCUAGCUUAGGACCCGGCUCAGACCCUCAACCUGAGCCCAGCAUCACUCACAGCCCAGACAAGAACCAGGACCAAGUUCAAGAGCAGAACCAGGAUCAGGAACAGGAACAGGACCAGGACCAGGACCAGGACCAGGACCGGAAACAGGACCAAGUUCAAGAGAACCAGGAAGAGGACCAGAGACAGAACCAGGACCAGAAAAUGGACCAGGAGAAGAACCAAACCCACUACCAGAACCAUGACAGGGACAAGGAUCUGGAACAAGACCAGGACCAAGUCCAGAACAAGGAUCAAGACCAGGACCAGGACCAGGACCAGAACCAAGGCCAAAACCACAACCACAACCAGGACCAGGUCAAAGACCAGGACCAAGACCAGGACCAGGACCAGAACCAAGACCAAAACCAAAACCACAACCACAACCAGGACCAGGUCAAAGACAAGGACCAAGACCAGUACCAGGACCAGAACCAAGACCAAAACCAAAACCACAACCACAACCAGGACCAGGUCAAAGACAAGGACCAAGACCAGGACCGGAAACUGGACCAGGAACCGGACCAGAAACAGGACCAGAAGAAGAACCAAACCCACAACAAGAAACAGGAUCAGGACCAGGUCCGGAACCAAGGCCGGGACCAGGACCAGGACCAGAACCAAGACCAAAACCACAACCACAACCACAACCAGGACCAGGUCAAAGACCAGGACCAAGACCAGGAGCGGAAACAGGACCAGGAACAGGACCAGAAACAGGACCAAAACCACAACCAGACCUCCACUCUGCCAGAGAGGGAGGAUGAAGAGGAUGAGGAAGAGGAGGAGGAGGACGGAAGGAGGAAGGCAACGGGGCCGACCUCGGAGGACCAGGGCCUUCAGGGGCGGGGUUCAGACCCGGACCAGAUGGAGGAGAGGUUUCGGAUCGACCGGAAGAAGCUGGAGUGUAUGUUGUAUGGUCCGAGGCGAGGAGACGGCCUGUCAGGAGAGGAGUUCUUUGAGAGGGUGAUGAGGGAGACAGACACCCAGGUGAAAUGGCCGUCCAAGUUGAAAAUCGGUGCCAAGUCCAAGAAAGACCCCCAUGUGAAGGUGGAGGGAAAGAGAGCUAAUGUUCUGGAAGCCAAAAGGAAAAUCUUGGAAGUUCUGGAGACCAAGGUGAACAAGGUGACCCUGAAGAUGGACGUGGCCCACACUGAGCACUCCCAUGUGAUCGGUAAAGGGGGCGGGAACAUCAAGAACGUCAUGGGGGUCACUUCCUGUCACAUCCACUUCCCGGACUCCAACCGCCACAACGCCACGGGGGAGAAGAGCAACCAGGUGUCCAUCGCCGGGCCUGUUGGGGGGGUGGAGGCCGCGCGGAGAAGCAUCAGAGACCUGCAGCCUCUGGCCCUGACCUUCGACCUCCCGGCCAGCCCGGUACCCCAGCCCCAGCUGGACGCGGGCUCCCCCGUCAUCCAGCAGGUGUCCCAGGCCCUGGGGGUGGGGGUGAGCUUCAGGGCCAUCCCCCCCCAGCCCACGCCGGCCCACCAGAGCCCCCCGGCCCAGCCGCUGUACGCCAGCCGCUGCUGCGUGCGCGGGCUGCAGGGGAACGCGGCGGACGUCCAGAAGGCGGUGUGCGUCCUGAUGGAGCUGCUGCUGGGGCCGGAGGUCGGGGGUCAGGGGGCGGGGCUGAUCGUCUCCAGCCAGCUGGACGUCACCUCCCAGCAGCACCUCUUCAUGCUGGGCCAGAACGGAGCGCACUUCCUGGCCGUCAUGCACCAGACCCAGACCCAGAUCAUCCUGCCGGACCCCAGCGCUCCCCAGAGCCCCCCCUCGCUGCUGGUCCAGGGCAGCCCAGAGGGCGUGUGCCUGGCCCGGCAGCAGCUCAUGGACUGCCUCCCUGUGUGUCUGAUGUUUGACAUGCGUGAGGAGGGGGAGACGGACCCCCGGAGACUGAACCAGAUGAUGCAGGACCUUGAGGUCUUCAUCAGCAUCAAGCCCAAGGUCAAACAGACCAGCAAGUCGGUGGUGGUAAAGGGUCUGGAGAGGAACAUGUCCAGCCUGUACGAGGCCCGGCGUCUGCUCCUGGGUCUGGACUCCUGUGAGAUCGCCAAGGUUACCCAGCCGACCCCUGACCCAACCAACGGGCUGACUCACUAUUGGCUGAGCAUGUUGCUGCAGCAGCUACGCCUGGCUGAGCAAGGCCCUUUGUUCAGCCAGGUGGCGAUGGGUUCUCAGUGUCACAACAACAAGCCCCGCCCAUCAAUGCCCCCAGGCUUGACCACGCCCACCGAGGAAGGCCGGUCGGGUCUGAGCUGGACCGGGUCCGACUGCCGUCCUCUGGAGAAGAUCCUGGAAAACGAGGACCACUCCGGCCAAUCAGAGCAGGAGAGGGGCGGGCCCAUGUUGAUGACCUCAGCGGAGGCGGGGGAGGCGGUGACUAACGGCGGCCACGCCCCCCGGAUGCUGAGCGGACGCAGGGGCAGCCUGCAGGGUCCUGAGCACUGCAGGGUGUUCAGCCUGGGGAGGAGGCACUCCACGGGGCAGGCCCUCACACACAGGCUGCUGAGCGGCGAACUGGAGGGAGGUGCAAAGAGAGACAGGAGGAACAGCCUGAGGAGGGAGGUGAUUCUGGUUCACGAUGUUCUCGAUGAGUCAUCACUCAGGGACGAUGAGUCAUCACUCGGGGACGAGGAUUACGACUACGAGCAGAAGAAGCUGCUCGCCUCCCGAGCCAUGCAGAGGAAGCCCAUGGUGACGGAGGUCCAGACCCCCACAGACCACUGGAGCGGCCUGGGCUUCUCCAAGUCCAUGCCGGCCGAGGCUGUGAAGGAGCUCCGCAACGUUAGCCGCCGCAGCUACAAGCCCUACCUGAGUGACGGCAGCGCCAGCCAACAACUGGCCUGGGCCCACCAAGCCCUGAGGGACAGAGCGUGUAACGGUAGUAACUCGGACAACUGGAGGGACAGGCGGGGCUCGGCGUCUUCGGUCUCGUCAGUCCCCACCUCCUCGUCUUCCUCCUCCUCACCCUCAUCACCUCCUGCCCAGUUCUCCUCCUUCUUCUCCUCUUCCGCCUCCUCCGGCAAUCCUUUACCUCCUUUCGUGUCCUCCUCUUGUAACAGAGGGAGGGGAAACGACAAGGUCGCGGACAGCUUCUUGUGCAGCAGUGGCAGUUACUUUGAGGGCGGGGCCUCUUGUUCUAGGAGGGCGUCGACAUGCAGCCAGAGAAGCCCCUCCCCCCUGGAGGACGACCUGCCGGAGGUUCUCUGUCAGCUGGGCCUCGGGAAAUAUGUGGAUGUGCUCCACCAGCAAGAGAUUGACUACCAGACCUUCCUGACUCUGUCUGAUGAGGAUCUGAAAGAGGUGGGGGUCUCCACCUUUGGGGCCCGACGCAAGAUGUUAUUGGCAAUCUGUGAGUUGACCAGAAGCAAGAGGAGACUCUCAGACACGUCCAGUGUGAAGUCAGUCUACCUGGAGGGCGGGGCUAGCGGGCGACUCCCACCAAUCGUGGAUUUGGAGGUGGCUGGGCAGAGCAAGCAUUGGUGAAACAAAGGAUCACUCAACUCUCGCUCAACAUCAUGGUUCAUUUUGUGGGUUUGCUCAGACGUAUAUAGAUAUUCUACAUCAUUGACUCAACUUCUACAGCCAUAACCAAAAGAGUUGUAUCCAAACGCGACAAGAAGGUUGACUUAUUCGACUUUUGAUUCAGUGAGAGACGCACAAUGUAGAAAUACAUCUGAUGAAUGUACUUUUCUAAUUUUGUCUAAGCAAAAUUACUUGGUCUUUAUUUUGUGUCGAAUUGGUCUACAUUGCUUUUGGUGUCAAAAUGUUACCGGGUAACCACUAUAGUUCUUUGCAAUGUAAAUAAAGUUUGUAGGUAAUACUUA